GAAACAUCACAGAAAAGCAAGAUUAUUCAACAACAAUAAAAGACAAACAGAAUGACUAUAACAAGACAAACAAAAUAUUCACAUUGUCAGCAUAAUGUAUGUGUGAUAACUGAUAAGCAUAAACAUAAGGACAUAUUUGUAAUUUUAAACAAAAACUUAAGCUACUAAUUUCACCCUCUUUGUGUUUGACUGAGUUUGAGUGAGCACUAUGUCUGGUGAUUUCCUUCCUGAAAAUUCAAUUGUGGUGGGGUGUGGAGCUGUGGGAUUGGAUUUGUUGGCCACUGUUGCUGCUUUUCCUCAGCCAGAUCAAAAAAUCAGAAGCACUUCCUUCAAGACUCAAGGAGGUGGUAACACAGGCAAUGCCUUAACCUGCGCGGCUCGCUUGGGCCUCAAGCCAAGGAUCAUCUCCAAGAUAGCAGACGACACUCAAGGAAGGAGAAUAUUAGAUGAACUACAGGCUGAUGGCGUGGAUACCUCCUUUAUAGUGGUAUCUAAGGAAGGCACUUCACCAUUUACCUAUAUCAUUGUUGACAACCAAACCAAGUCGCGUACUUGUUUACAUACACCAGGAUUUCCUCCAAUGAAACCAGCUGAUCUUACCGAAUCAAGUUUGUUAUCUGCGUUGAAUGGAACGAAAAUUGCUUAUUUAGAUGGGAGAUUGCAUGAAACUGCUCUAGUUGUUGCGCACGAGGCGGUUAAGAAGAAUAUACCUAUCUUAAUGGAUGCAGAAAGGCCAAGAGAAGGGUUGGAUGAUCUCAUCAAAGUAGUUGAUUAUGUUGUAUGCGCUGCACAGUUUCCGCAGGUAUGGACAGAGGCAGCAACUGUUCCAAAAGCACUUGUUUCUAUGCUUCUAAGGUUGCCAAAAGUCAAAUUUGUGAUUGUAACUUUGGGAAAAGAUGGUUGUAUAAUGCUUGAGAGAACUGCUAAUGAGGUUCCAUCCACAGAAGAAGAAAUGGAUGUUGACCAAUUACUGGAAUCUCUGGAAACAAAAAAGAAUGCGAGCAUUAACAUUCCAACCUGCAUAUCAUCGUCGGUGACAAAUUUGCGAGCAGAUGGUAUAGGAACAAUUUGUGGUAAGUUAUAUAUCGGAACAGCUGAAAACAUACCACCAUACGAGCUUAUUGAUACCACUGGUGCUGGUGAUGCAUUCGCCGGAGCUGUUCUCUACGCUAUCUGCGCCAACUUCGCAACAGAGAAAAUGCUAUGCUUUGCUGCUAAUGUGGCAGCUGCUAAGUGCAGAGCUCUAGGGGCGCGAAGUGGUCUUCCUCGCUACAACGAUCAGUGCCUAGCAUCCUUCAGGGAGUAGCUUUACCAAGUUAGAUCGAUGAAAGGAAUGAUAAAUUAUAUUGGUCAACUGUUUUAGAUAUUGGUUUCAUUCCUUGUUUUACAAGUGUGUGUUUUCAUGAAUGAUAUCUGCCAUGUAAAUGCAGCAUAUGCAAGUUUCCUUUGGGACACAGAGGAAGAUGAAGGUUGCAAUGAGUCACAAUGUUUACCUCAACAUUUUCAUCUUGGAGCAAUGGCAACUACCGGUGCUUAGAAGAGAUGUGAUAUAAUGAAUCGACGAAGUUUCUGUUGCGAGAAACAAAGACAUUCUAUUCUAAUAAUUGAAAUAACAAACUGAUGUGUAGCUUUGAGUUUCUUUUGCACAAUAUGUAAAUAAUUUAGAAAUGCUACAAGUUUGUAAGCAAACCAUUCGGUUUAAUCAAUUAAAUGUCGUACUUGGGGACUGA